AUGGCCGGCGGAACAAGCAUUUGGUUCAGCAAAGAGGCAAGAUCCGACCCUAAGGAGAUCUUCAACAGACGACUACUAUACCUUCUUGUCUCCGUUUCUUGGGCAGGAUGCUUCUAUGGUUUCGAUACCGGUAAUAUCGGGGGCAUUCUCACCCUGAAGUCCUUUGAGAAUGCCUUUGGUUUGAUCAACGUCCCUCAAGCCGAGAUUGACAACCGCAAGGGCACCAUAGCAGCCAUGCUUGCAGGCGGAGCAUCGGCCGGCUCCAUCCUCGCAGCCCCGACCUCUGAUUUCAUCGGUCGUAAAUGGAGCGUAUUCCUCUGGGGCGUGGUUUUCCUCGUGGGCGCCGCGAUGCAGAUGGAUGCCAAUUACGACGUCCUGAUUGCCGGGCGCUUCAUUGGAGGCAUGGGCGUCGGGGCCAGCUCCAUGCUCACGCCGCAGUUUCUGGCGGAAAACUCGCCCAAGUCCGUGCGUGGGUCCAUGACGGCCACGUAUAACCUCAUGAUCUUGAUGGCCCUCAUGCUCGCCUUCUGGGUGAACUACGGCGUGUCGUUGUGGUCGUACCCCGGCGUCGAGCAUGAUCAUCGACAGUGGAGAACCGCCAUGGGCAUCCAGCUGAUCCCCGGCGGCCUGAUGUGUCUUAUGAUCCCCUGGGUUCCGGAGACGCCCCGGUACUUGAUUAACCACGGCAAGGCUGAGCAGGGGUUGAACAAUAUCUGCAGGCUGCGCAAGCUCCCUGCGGACCAUGAGUACGUGCAAAUCGAGUACCAGGAGAUUCAGGCCCAGGUGCGCUACGAGCAGGAAUGCUACGCGGGACACAGCUACUGGGUUGUGGCGAAGGAUAUUUUCACAAUCAAGAGCAAUUUUCGACGGUUCUUCCUGGCUAUCAUGUUAUUCCUGUUCCACAAAUUCACCGGCACCGACUCGUUGAACUACUACGCUCCGGAGAUCUUUCAGCUUAUCGGAGUACAUGAUGACUCGUCUCUGCUCACAACCGGCGUGUACGGCGUCGUGAAGUUCGUGGUAACCAUCAUCUACGUCGCAUAUCUGGUCGACCGGGUAGGCCGUCGCCUGCCUCUGCUCAUCGGCGCAACGAUGCAAGCCACAGCGAUGCUGUACUUGGCCCUUUACCUCCGCUUCGCCGGUGUCUCUGCUACAAAUGCGGGGGGAGGAACGCCAGCCGGUGGGAUCGUCGGUGUAGUCUGGAUCUACAUCUAUGCGCUUGGCUGGUCGUUCGGUCACAGUGUAGCGUGCUACGUCGUGGCCGCAGAGAUCUUCCCUACGAGAAUUCGGUCCGUCUGCAUGUCGUUUUGUUUCUUUGUCAACUGGAUCGUUGACUAUGGAAUCACCCGCGCGACUCCGAAUAUGCUUACGAAUAUGGGAUGGGGCACAUUUCUGUUGUAUGCUAUGCUUACCUAUGCUGGCGUCGUUUUCAUCUACUUCUGUCUGCCUGAGAUGAAGGGCCGUUCCAUUGAGAGUAUGGAUGAUCUGUUCCAGCGGCCGCUUUGGACCAUGUGGAGGCAUGCGUACCCUACAGAGGAGGAGAGAACUCGGCAUGGAGUGGUCGAGGCAGCGCGGAAAGGCGAGGAUCUUGGUGCAGAGCAGAAGAAAGACGUGCAGCAUGUAGAGGCUGUCGCGGAUGGUCUCCAGACUGAAGAUUUGAAUAUAGAUAUUCGCUGCUACUGA